AUGGAGAAGACCACUGCCGAGCUCUUUGCGUCUCUGGUAGACUCCAGGGCCCACUUCGGGAAGGGCGUCUACUGCACUCAGCAUGAACCAUCUGUAUGGGGUUCGCGCACUCGUGUUUUGCUGAACAACUACAGCAAUUUGAGCCCUUUGCGUGACAUAACAGACGCGGAGUCUCAGCGAGUGGAGAAGGAAUGGGGCGCAGGCAAUGCUGGAGGCCAUCGCGCAGCCUUCUGUAUUCCAAUUCUGGUUCCGAGGGAGCUCGCCUACAACAUCUUUCAAAGACAAACGCCUGACCUCGCCCAGAAGAUGGUGCUUGAUGCAGAAGCGGGCAAGGAGCGCCGGAUCAAUCUGGGCGAGGAUUAUCGUGGCCGCAAGGUCGAUCCGACGCGCGACGUCUGGAUUCUGCAGGUGACGGACGAUGCUGGCAGGGUGAAGGACGCUGGCGCCGAGGCAGACGUUUUGCUGAGACUGCUCCGGCUUCGCUUGGCCAACCUCCGACGAGAGCUCGGCGACGAUGCAGAGCCCACCUUGGGCUGCAUGUACGAGCUCGGGAGAAGGCUUAAGGACCGUGCCAUGUACGAAGAGGCGGAACAGCUGUACAAGGAGUGUCUGCGAGGCCGCAGGGCCAAACUUGGUGAAGAGCAUUCGGGCACGCUGAGUGCGAUGAACAACUUGGCUGGUCUGCUGCAGGCUCGGGGCCGCUAUGAGGAAGCCGAGCCGCUUUACAGGCAGGGACUGGAGAUUUGCAGGGCCAAACUUGGUGAAGAGCAUCCGGACACGCUGAGUUCGAUGAACAACUUAGCUGCGCUGCUGGAGGCUCGGGGCCGCUAUGAGGAAGCCGAGCCGCUGUACCGGCAGGGCAGGGCCAAACUUGGUGAAGAUCAUCCGGACACGCUGAGUUCGAUGAACAACUUGGCUUCGCUGCUGCAGGCUCGGGGCCGCUAUGAGGAAGCCGAGCCGCUGUACCGGCAGGGCAGGGCCAAACUUGGUGAAGAGCAUCCGCAAACGCUGAUUUCGGUGAACAACUUGGCUUCGCUGCUGGAGGCUCGGGGCCGCUAUGAGGAAGCCGAGCCGCUGUACCGGCAGGGCAGGGCCAGACUUGGUGAAGAGCAUCCGGACACGCUGAGUUCGAUGAACGGCUUGGCUUCGCUGCUGGAGGCUCAAGGGCGCCAUGACGAAGCCGAGCCGUUGCAUCGACAAGCACUGGCGGGUCGCCGGGCGCAUCUUGGCGGCUCCCACCCGAAGACGAUGAGCAGCAUGUACAGCUUGGCCGACUUGCUGAAGACGAUGGGCAAAUUUGAGGAGGCCGAGCAGCUCUUCCGCGAAGAGCUCAAGCUGUGUCGGUCUGUCCACGGCUCCCAACACGAGGACACCAUUAGCUCCAUGCAGAACUUGGCCACGUUCCUGAAGGAGCGAGGUCGCAUGGAUGAGGCAGAGGCUCUCUAUCGCCAAGUCUUGGAAGUCAGGCGGGACCUCGGAGACCUUGCGGAUCUGCUCAAUUUCUUCAUGGAUACUGGGCGGCUUGAGGAGGCAGUGCAGAUCCUCCGAGAGGUGGUCGAGAAGUGUCGGUCGGAACUGGGAGCCCGGCAUGAAGAAACCAUCAGCUUCACGCAGCUCUUGGCCGGGAUGCUCCAGGAGCCUUGA